AUGGCGUCCGGCAGCACCGCGGCCAGUGAGGAGGAGCGCAGCCUCCGCGAGUGCGAGCUGUACGCGCAGAAGCACAACAUCCAGGCCCUGCUCAAGGACUCCGUCGUGCAGCUGUGCACGGCGCGGCCCGAGAGACCCGUGACGUUCCUCCGGGAAUACUUUGAGAAGUUGGAGAAGGAGGAGGCCAGACUCACCCAGAGUCAGCAGACACCGGGCCCCUGCCCGGGCGCCAAGGCGGAGGAGACCGCGCCCGCCCAGCCCCAUCCCGCUCCGGCCCAGCCCCAGCCCGUGGUUAAGGGCCGGCGGCGCCGGGGCGCCAUCAGCGCCGAAGUCUACACGGAGGAAGACGCUGUGUCUUUUGUUAGAAAGGUCAUACCCAAAGAUUUUAAGACAAUAGCUGCUUUAGCCAAAGCCAUUGAAAAGAACGUGCUGUUUUCACACCUGGAUGAAAAUGAGAAGAAUGAUAUUUUUUACGCCAUGUUUCCCGUCUCUUUUACCGCUGGAGAGACGGUUAUUCAGCAGGGCGAUGACGGGGAUAACUUCUAUGUGAUCGAUCAGGGAGAGAUGGACGUCUACGUCAACAAUGAAUGGACCACCAUCAUCGGGGAAGGAGGGAGCUUUGGAGAACUUGCUCUGAUUUAUGGAACACCUAGAGCAGCCACUGUCAAAGCAAAGACAAACGUGAAACUGUGGGGGAUUGACCGAAACAGCUAUCGAAGAAUCCUUAUGGGGAGCACACUGAAAAAGCGCAAGAUGUACGAAGAGUUCCUCAGUAAAGUGUCAAUUUUAGAGUCUUUGGACAAGUGGGAACGGCUCACUGUAGCCGAUGCCUUGGAACCCGUCCAGUUCGAAGACAGACAGAACAUCAUGGUGCAGGGAGAACCAGGAGACGAGUUCUUCAUUAUUUUGGAGGGGUCGGCUGCCGUGCUGCAACGUCGGUCAGAAAACGAAGAUUUUGUUGAAGUGGGAAGAUUGGGGCCUUCUGAUUAUUUUGGUGAAAUUGCACUGCUGAAGAAUCAUCCUCGUGCGGCCACGGUGGUUGCAUGUGGCCCCUUGAAGUGUGUGAAGCUGGAUCGACUUCGAUUUGAACGUGUCCUUGGCCCAUGCUCAGAUAUCCUCAAACGAAACAUCCAGCAGUACAACAUUUUCAUGGCACUGUCUGUCUGA